CUUCCUGACGGAUCUCGCCUCCAAAGCCCGAAAAAUAGAGUCGCUGGGAGCGAGGCUGAGAGACGCACAGGUCCCGCCCCGGCCCCGCCCUCUGCCGGUUCUAAAGGACAAGGUCUCUUCGCCUGGGGCCCCGCCUCUACCUCGAUCAGGCCCUGCCCACCUUCUCGUUGGCUCUACCCAGGCCUGGCUUUAGUCCCGUGCCCACAGAUGCGCGCAGACCAGGAAGCGGAUCCCGUGGAGUGAAGGUUGCUUCGCGGCGGAUUGACUUCUAAAGACUCUUGGUACGUAAGGAAGAAACCCAGAAGAGGAAGAGGAAAGCAAAGGAGUCAGGGAUGGCUCUUCCUCAGGGUCUGUUGACAUUCAGGGAUGUGGCCAUAGAAUUCUCUCAGGAGGAGUGGAAAUGCCUGGACCCUGCUCAGAGGACUCUAUACAGGGACGUGAUGCUGGAGAAUUAUAGGAACCUGGUCUCCCUGGAUAUCUCUUCCAAAUGCAUGAUGAACAUGUUCUCAUCAACAGGGCAAGGCAAUACUGAAGUCAUCCACACAGGGACAUUGCAAAGACAUGCAAGUCAUCACACUGGAGAUACUUGCUUCCAGGAAAUUGAGAAAGAUAUUCAUGACUUUGUGUUUCAGUGGCAAGAAAAUGAAACAAAUGGCCAUGAAGCACCCAUGACAGAAAUCAAAAAGUUGACGAGUAGUACAGAGCGAUAUGAUCAAGGGCACGCUGGAAACAAGCCUAUUAAAGAUGAGCUUGGAUCAAGCUUUUAUUCGCAUCUGCCUGAACUGCACAUAUUUCACCCCGAAGGGAAAAUUGGUAGUCAAGUUGGGAAGGCUAUCAAGGAUGCUUUCUCAGUUUCAGGAUCCCAAAGAAUUUCCUGUAGGCCCAAAACCCGUAUUUCUAAUAAGUAUGGGAAUAAUUUCCUCCAGUCUUCAUUACUCACACAAAAAUGGGAAGUACACACAAGAGAAAAAUCUUUCCAACGUAAUGAGAGUGGCAAGGCCUUUAAUUGUAGCUCACUGUUAAAAAAACAUCAGAUAAUCCAUUUAGGAGACAAACGGUAUAAAUGUGAUGUAUGCGGCAAGAUCUUUCAUCAGAAGCGAUACCUUGCAUGCCAUAGAUGUCAUAUUGGUGAGAAACCUUACAAGUGUAAUGAGUGUGGCAAGACCUUCGGUCACAAUUCAGCCCUGUUAGUUCACAAGGCAAUUCAUACUGGAGAGAAACCUUACAAGUGUAAUGAAUGUGGCAAGGUUUUCAAUCAACAGUCAAACCUUGCACGUCAUCAUAGACUUCAUACUGGAGAGAAACCUUACAAAUGUGAAGAAUGUGGCAAAGUUUUCAGUCGCAAAUCACAUGUUGAAAGACAUAGGAGAAUUCACACUGGAGAGAAACCAUACAAAUGUAAGGUUUGUGACAAGGCUUUCAGACGUGAUUCACACCUGGCACAACAUACUGUAAUUCACACUGGAGAGAAACCUUACAAGUGUAAUGAGUGUGACAAGACCUUUGUUCAAAAUUCAUCUCUUGUAAUGCAUAAGGUCAUUCAUACUGGAGAGAAACGUUACAAGUGUAAUGAAUGUGGCAAGGUUUUUAAUCACAAAUCAAACCUUGCAUGUCAUCAUAGACUUCAUACUGGAGAGAAACCUUACAAGUGUAAUGAUUGUGGCAAGGUUUUUAAUCGAAAAUCAAACCUUGAACGUCAUCAUAGACUUCAUACUGGAAAGAAAUCUUAGAAGUAUAAUUAAUUUGCAAGGUUUUUAGGCAACAAUCAAACCUUGCAUGUCAUCAUAGACUUUAUACUGGAGAGAAACCUUACAAAUGUGAAGAAUGUGACAAAAGUUUUCAAUUUCAAAUCGCUCCUUGAAAUACAUAGGAGAGUUCAUACUGGAGAGAAACCAUACAAAUGUAAGGUUUGUGACAAGGAUUUCGGGUGUGAUUCACCCCUGGCCCAACAUACUGGAAUUCACACUGGAAAGGAACUGUGCAAGUGUAAUGAGUGUGGCAAAGCCUUCAGUGGUCAGUCAACACUUACUCACCAUCAAGCAAUCCAUGGUAUAGAGAAACUUGACUAAUGUAAUGAUUGUCAUCAAGUCUUCAGUAAUAUUACAACCAUUGCAAAACAUUGGAGAAUCCAUAAUGAAGGAGAUCUUACAAGUGUAAUAAAUGUGGCAAGUUUUUCAGACAUCGUUCAUACCUUGCAGUUCAUUGGUGAUCUUAUACAGGAGGGAAAUCUUACAAAUGUGAUGAUUGUGGCAAGGUCUUCAGUCAAGCUUCAUGUUUUGCAAAACGGGAGAAUUCAUACAGGACAGAAACCUCACAAAUGUGUUAAUUGUGGCAUAGCCUUUACUUCACGUUCACACCACAUUAGAUAUCAGAGGAUCCAUACUGGACAGAAAUCUUACAAACGUCCUAUGUGUGGCAAGGUCUUCAGUCCAAGGUUACUCCUUGCAGAAUAUCAUAACGUUCAUUUUUGAGGUAAUAGUUACAAAUGCAAUGAGCAUAGCAAACCAUCAAGGAUUAAUUGACAGUAGAGUCAAUUCAGAAUUGACUUGAGUUUGAGUUGACUUAAAACAUUCAGUUGAAGAAUUAAUUGACAUUAAAGUGUUUAUGUUAAGGGGAUGGGCCAGGCGCGUGGCUCACACCUGUAAUCCCAGCACUUUAGGAACCCAAGGUGGGUAGAUCACUUGAGGUCAUGAGUUUGAGACCAGCCUGGCUAACAGACGUGAGUCACUUUUCCCAGCCUGCUUUUUGUUUCUUUAACAAAAACCGAUAGGGAUUUUCAUAGGUGUGUUGAAUCUGAAUCACAUUGGCUUAUAUAAUAACAAUAUUAAUUUUUCCAAACCAUCAAUAUGGGUUGUAUCUCUAUAUGUUUUUAAUCAUUUUGGUCAAUGUUUGUAGAUUUCAAGGUAUGAAAUUCUGUUUUUUUACGUUUAUUCCUAAGUAUUUCUUACUUUAAGAUCUCUAGCAAAUGGAAGUGUUUUUUAAUUUUCGUUUAAAAUUUUUUAUUGUUAAUUUAUGGAAAUUCAACUAAUUUUUGGUGCUGCUAUUGCAUUGUGCAAAUCCACUGAAUGUGUUUAUUAGUUCCAGUUGACUCAGGCCCCCCCCACCUCUUGACCUCCCGUCCUGGCCUGACCCAGGACCCACCCACCUCCUCGGGGGUCUCCCGCGGGUCUGGCUUCUGUACUGUGAUGAUUGGCACAGACCCUGAAGCUGAUGGCGUGGACUGAAGGUUGCCCCAUGGCGUUUGCGCUUCCCAGUUCUCUGGCACUGCUAUACUGGGGACGUGGGGGUCCCCACAGACCUGGAAAUUCUGGCCCCUCUUUCUCAACUCAGAGCAAAUUGAGACGUCUAGGUGAGAGUCUGUGAGUCUCUUCUUUUGAGUUUAAAGUCGCCCUGAGGCUGGUACUGUCCCCGUCUUUUCUACAGUGGGGCUGUGCAGACACCUCCUGUCGCGAAACUUUCCUUCUCAAAACCCUUCCGGACCCGUCCUCCCGCCUCGCGCUGUUUCAAGUCCUCACCCGCGAGCUGGACUCUCGCCCUGGGCGCCUCCCAGCCUUGCUCUCAUCGGCGCCUGGAGCGCAGCGCUGCAGCCCCAGUCCCGGGAAGGCCGCUUCCUCUGCCCGGUCUUGGGAUCCCGCAGACCCCACCCCUGUCCGAAGGCGCCAUCGCCCCCCACCUCCCUCCUCGUGCAGGGCCCUGCUUCUCCACAGUUCCAACCCUAGGAAAACGUGCUUCUCCUGGAGGCAACCCUCUUUUUACACCCUCGCCCUGUUCCCCGAAGGCAGGCCUGGAAUGUGAAGUUUCCAGGUAGUUGGAUAUUAAACAUAGAAUUGAAAAAAAAAAACCCACAAAGUAACAAAAGAAUGAAGUGGCGAAAGCAGAACUUUACUCAAAGCACUCCACAGGGUGGGAGUGGGCCCAAGCGAGCGUCUCCAGAGCCCCAUUUACAAAGUUUUUGGAGGUUAAAGUAUUUUUUUUUUUUGAGGUCCCUAUGGGCUACCCCUUAUCUGGAUGAAGAAUUUGGCCCUUGGCCAACGAAAUACUGAGGUACAUUGGCCUGAGGCCAGAGCAGAUGGGUGCCCUAUGCAGAUGAAGGGGUGGCCGGUGCUUGGCCGUGGCCACUUCUGGGCUCUUUCUCUUUCCAUCUGAGACCUGGUGAAAGAGGGAGGGCGCUAGGGAGAGUAGCAUUUGAUCCUUUGUUACUUUGGGUGGGAAGAUGGGGUUUUUCCUUUUAGUCUAGUUUUGGAAAGUUCGCGUUAAUUGGUUUUAGAUUUCCUGCCCCUAGACCCAGGACCCAUGUGUUUCCUUUUUUUAAUGGAGAUGGGGUCUCACUGUGCUGUGCAGGCGGGAGAGCAGUGACAGGAUCACAGCUCACUGCAGCGUCAACCUCCUGGGCUCAAGGGAUCCUCCCACCUCAGCCUCUAGAGUAGCUGGGACCACAGCCGCUCGCCACCACGCUGCGCCAAUUUUUGUGUUCUUGGUAGAGACCGGGUUUUGCCUUGUUUUCUAGGUUGGGUUCCAACUGCAGGGCUAAAGCGAUCCAAGAGCAUCAGCCUCCCAAAGUGCUGGCAUUACAGUCUUGAGCCACCAUGCCCGCCUUAUUUCUUAAUUUAAAAAAAUGUAUAUAUAGGCCGAGUGCAGUGGCUCAUCCCGGCACUUUGUGAGGCCAAUUCUCCUCUAUCCAGGAGACGGGUUUCACCAUGUUGCCAGGUUUGUCUCAAACUCCUCGGCUUAACUGAUGCGCUUGCUUUGGCCUUCCGAAGUGCUAGGAUAACAGGAGUGAGCCACCACACGUGGCCAGUCCUGAAAUUUUGUAGGAGGAUGAGCAGCGCAGCCUGUUGACCCUUCCUGGCCAUCACAUGAAAAUCAGCGACUCCUCCUUCUUACCAAACUCAGAGCUUCUCAGGAUAACUUGGUGAAACGUCCCCCGCUGUGACCCUCAGCCCACCUGUAAUAUACAGGUGAGGGAGAAGACCAGAAAAGCUCCGUCAGAGUGACACUGACCCCUGAAAUGAUGGGCACAAUGGAGUGUGUGGCUUCUCCUGUAAGAGAGGGUGAUGCUUAGUUGUAAUUUGAAUUUUAAAGGAUUCCAGUCCUCUGAAAAACAGGAUUAGACUCAAAUCACCUUGAAUCUUAUCAUCUCACAGCUUGAACCCACCUACAUGGCUCCGUGUCCCCUUCAGGCCUCGCCCCUGAGUUCUACAAUCCUGUGUCCAGUUGUCUCCUCAGCUCUCUGCUGGGACAUCAAACAGGCAUCUCCACCUUCACGUGUCCAUAAGUGACUUCCUAAACCCCAAACACAUUCCCUUAGACUCCUACACGUCUCAGAUGAGGGUGACUGUACUUUUGGGGGCUUAGCUGAGGUUGACACCAUGUAUUUUAAAUAUGGAAAAUAAAUUACAUUAUUUGUAA